GUGCAUCCGAAAUCCCUGGCCCCAAGACUGCGCCAGUCUCUACAUUUCAAGGCCAGUUGCGUUGGUUUAAGGCUGCAGGACCUACUCAGCCCUGGCUGUGACAGGACCCUUCGCAGUCACACACGUGAGAGGAGUGGAAUUCAGCUUUCAGAGGCGGCACUUCCUGACGUUGGAUUGAGGUCAAUUUCAUGCAUAUACCAAGCACAUCAGGCUGCCCCAAACACAGCCAGGUGCUCUUAUCAGCUGCUCGCAUCAUGGCUCGGGAGACAGUCUAUGCCGAUCUGAACCUCUCCCCUGCCUUUCCUGGCUCCAGGACACCCCUUUCAGCUCAGCCCCUCAGUCCCCAGAGUCCCCGGUGGCAUCAGACAGCGCUGUGGGUCGGAUGGAUUGGGAAUAUUGUCCUGGUGAUUGCUGUGAUAGUGCUGGGGAUUUGGGUUUCCCACUUGCUGUCCGAGAAGGGACAGACCCUGGCAGCCUCUAGGACCGCAGACCCCAGCACAGCAGAAUGCAGCGCCCGCCUGGAGCAUUUCCGAUCCCAGCUGACCCAAAAACUGUGCCACCCGGCCCAGCCCAGCCCAGCAGGGGGCUCCGGGUGCAAACUCUGCCCCACGGACUGGCAUCUGCGCGGGGACAAGUGCUACUGGGUUGGCAGAGGAAGUAAAACGUGGAGCGAGAGCUGCGCCGACUGCUCAGCGAGGGGCUCCCAGCUGCUGGUGUUCCGGGACCGGAAGGAGCUGGAGUCCCUACAGGACCUGACAGGAGGCACGUCUCAUUUCUGGGUCGGACUGUCCCUCCACUCCCCGGAGAAGGCCUGGACCUGGCUGAACGGCUCCCGGCUGGAUCAGACCCAGUUUCCGGUGUCAGGCCCGGCUGAGGGGAACAGCUGUGGCGCGCUGGCAGGGAAACAGCUUAAUUCUGACACCUGCAGCUCUGCAUUUCAGUGGAUUUGUCAGCGAGACGCCGUCCCACUCCAAACAGGCAUGGAGCUCUGAUGAGCACGGGUGGCGAUGCAGUCCCAA